AGGAGCUUUGAAAGCUUCAAUAGUGAGAUCAACAAUUUUGGACACAUUAUCAAAUAUAUCUUAACUUCGUGGUGCGAAUAAGAUUUCAAAGUCGUUUACUGUUGCCAUGGCAGAACCACAGCCGUCUUCGGUGCACGAAGGCGCCACGACCGGCGCCGAAAUCGACGAAAAUGAAGCUACGUCGAAUAUUCCCAAAUCCGCCGAAGACCGUGCAACCGCAGCGGCCAUGUCGUCUCUGGACACACGGGGCGCGGAGGAAGAAUCCGUUGCUCCCUCAAAGCAACUUGACUCAGAGGCGCUUGGCAAGGCCAUGAAGAAUUUAAAUGUGUCUGGGGGUGCAGCCCCUGCAAAGGCAACGGGAGGCGCAGCUGCAACCGCCCCGCCGGCAGAGAAGAAGAAGGCUGUCAAGGUGGAUCAGGCAGAUGUGACAUUAUUGACGGAACAACUCAGUCUCGCCAAGCCAAAGGCCACCGAACUUCUAAAAGCGCAUGACGGAGAUGCGGUCAGGGCUAUGAGGGCUUUUGUUACUGCUGCAUAAUUCCGCGAAGAUAUUCUCAUCAUCACAUAAGGCGUUUGGAGAGCUGCCGGUUCACAUAUUAUUGAUGAAAUACGAUACAGUUGCUAUAUCGAUUGCGAUAACAGACACAACUGGGCCUCCUGGUAAUGAAGGCCUGGGGAUAUUCCAAGAUAACAAAAUAUUGA